GCGGGGCGGGAGUGAGUGAGUUUGGCCCGCCGCCGCGCCCGCUCCCUCCCCCUCGCGUGGGCUGUGAGGCGCAACACGGCGUCGAGGGGCUUGGUCUGCAUGCGGGCGGCGUACGCACGGCAGGGCACGGCGCGCGGCGGUAGGGCUGAGCCCAAAGGGAAAAGCUCGAGAUUAUACAUUUAACAGGCAGCAAAAGGGAGACAGAGGCUUUCACGUUGCGCGGCGGCCCUGCGCCCGUUCAGUUUCAGAAGCUGCGUGUGCAUGUUCGGAGCCAUGGGUAUCAACUGGGUCAUGGAGAUCCUGUCGUUCUACGUCGGAGGCCCGAACUACCUCUGGUACGCGACGGACGCGCUCAACUGCCUGCAGGGCGUGUGGACCUUCGUCAUCUUCGUGCUGAACCGGCCCGCGCGCCAGGAGAUCCGGGCGCGCAUCCGGGAGCUGCGGGAGCGGCGCGCCGGCCGCGACGAGUACCGGGUGCCGGAGCACCCGCAGAUCGACGACUUCCAGACGGUGGUGAACCGCCAGAGCCGGCUCGUGACGCACCUCAGUCCCUGGCAGCAGGAGGUGCGCGGCCUGCUCCCCCAGCACCCCGACGGCGGCGGCAGCGCCUACGCGGCGCCCGACCAGUCGCGCUUCAGUGCCGACGACAGCGACGACAGCGGGAGCGUCACCGAGCCCCUCAGAACGUCGACGGUGCCCUAGGCCGCCCGGCCGCCCUCCCCCUCCAGGCCGGCGAGCGCCCGCGGCUCCGCGGAUAGACAGACCCGCAACGCACGGCGCGCUGCCGGGUGGCCUACCCCGCGCGCCCGACUGACUGUUGCCGACACGAGUCCGGCGCGAGACGUGGGGGACGAGUUGAGAUGUGUUUUCUGUUCUGUAUUUCAUUAUUUUCUUGUGAAAGAUCUGCUUCUUUUCACAUACUGCCCAGCUGUCUUUUGCCAAUCAUAUUCUAUGUACAAAGUGUUUGUGUCUCUCUUUUUGUCAUUACGUCAUUAAUUUAUUUACUUAUUAUAUGUAUAUAACGUG